AUGGAAGGGCAAGGGAGCAGCAAUGCCACCAAUCCUGGGUUGGAUCAGCAAAACUUAGAUUCUGAAAAUGCUUCUUCCCUUAAGGGAAAAAGUGUUAUGAACUGUGGGGGUCAAUCAAGCUCUAGCGUGAACACCCAAAGUCAGAUUACUCAUGUGCCAUUACCAAGUUCGGAUGAGCAUGCUCCUUCUGGAACUCAUCAACGGUUUCGAGGAACUCCUAAUGAAAAUGGUGAAGUUACAAAUGGGCAACCACUUGCGCAAGGGACCAUUGCUAGUGCCCUUCCGAGUAACAUAGACUUAAAUGCAACAUAUCAAGGUAACUCGAAUGAUUCCAGUCAGGAAAUGGGAGCAGAUGUAAACCUAAAUCCAUCAAAAUCAGGUGGGGAAACUAAGCAGAAUCCGCCCGGCUCCGAUCCUACUAAUCCAGUCGUGAUCUCUUCUGGAAUCUCAGGAUAUGUUGUAGAAGAAAAUGAUGGCCGACAGGGUAAUACAUCUAAUGGCAGACGUAUAUCCUGCAAAAGAAGAGUGCCUGAAAGUUCUUCCGGACCACUUUUUCUAAAAGGUGCUAGUUCAAGCUCUGCUCAACAAGCUCUUACGUCCCAAGAAAUUUCCGGUAGCAGCUCAAACGUAUUGAGUGCCUUGACUAAACUCCCAAAUGCCGGUCAUUUGGGACAUUUGAACGCUGGCGUUAGAGUUGGUAACCAAACUCCAACUAUGAAUACUCUUUGGGACAGUGUAGGUGCGGAUACUUUCAGUCGUCAAAGUUCAAGUGUAGCAGCAAAUGGACUUGAAGGUGGCCCUGCCAUGCAUCAAACUUCCAAUGUGGCAGGAAAUGGAGCUGGUUUCGGAGCAGCCACAGGGACGAAUUAUGCUUCAAUAUGGGGAGGACAAACAGAUGAUCUCCAGAGAAAUAUUCGUCUUAGAAGAAAUGAAAAUCGUCAAUUUCUGGAACCUGAUUACAUGUCGGUGAUGAAUUCUUUUAUGGGAUAUGGUUAUCCAACAGAUAGGUUUCACGACCCAUAUGAUGAGCUUCAGUUUGGAAGGAGGAUACCAGCACUUGAACUUCCACCAAUGCACCCUAUGUUGCAAGCUCCGGAUUCUUUUCAAUCUCGAUAUGGUUCCCAGGUCGCAAGAGCAAGUGGAUCAUCUGAUUCUUCUGCUCAAGCUGUUAACGGAGGAAAUUUGUCCCUUAUGGCAGCAAAUAUGAAUCCUAACUUUCCUGGAAAUGCUUCAAAUUCAAAUGGCAGGUCACCACUUGCUCCAACCUGGUUCAAUAAUCCCAGCAUGGGUGACCUUUACUCUAACAGAUAUGCAGAAACUGGAAGCGGGUCGGAGUCCAGGGGGUGGGGGCAGGAUGGUUACGCUGCGAGAGAAUUGGAGAACUCGGUUAGAGGUGGUAUUUUAAGGCCUUCUCACGGACCUUUUAGACCAAGAUUCAUGACAAGGGUAGAGAGACCAGGGAUUGCUGAUCAGGAUAUUUCCCCGACACUUCGGACUUUAUCUCCUGCUGCUCUGAGGAGAAGCAUGCUCAUAUCUGGGGUUGAGAAUGCCCUGGCACUUGUCCGUAGGACUGGCGCCCUACGGUUUGAGGACGAGGAUGAGGAUGAGGAUGAUGUACUAGAAGAUCUUCGUCUUGAUACAGAUAACAUGUCUUAUGAGGAACUACUGGCCCUGGAAGAGCGAAUUGGAAAUGUUAACACUGGACUAAACGAGGAAGCUAUUCUGGCACUUCUAAGGCAGCGAAAACAUCAGUCCGUCCCAGUUGAGUCUCCCGUUUAUAAUGAACCGUGCUGUGUCUGUCAGGAGGAAUAUGCUGAUGGAGAAGAUCUUGGGAAGCUGGAUUGUGGACAUGAAUAUCACGCCAACUGCAUAAAACAGUGGCUUAUAAGGAAGAAUGUUUGCCCCAUCUGCAAAUUGCCAGGCUUGAGUGGUAAAAAGAGAGAGCACUAA